GCUGCAGGUGUGAAGCUGAUCUUUACCCUGCAGUGGACCAUCGCAACGUCAGCAGCAGCAGCUUUACAACUUUCUGUACUGUAUGGCUAACGAUUUGGUCGCACUCAUGGCUUUAUGAGUAAAAAAAAAAAAUGCAUCUAAACUUUAACUUGUCGUCUUUUCCUGAUGACUCCAAUUCAUCCAACACUGAGAGAUCACUGGAGCUCGCUCACCGCUCCAUUAAAGUCUGCGUAAUAGUGGCUCUGGGCGUGAUGAUUACUCUGGGGAAUAUUGCAGUUCUCCUGGUCAUCUCCUCCUCUGUGACCGGGUGGUCGAGGAACUCCCGGCACCUCCUGCUGUCCCUGACCGCUGCAGACUCUGCUUUUGGACUUCUGGUCAUGCCUCUCAAUCUGUGGGUGAGUCUGGUCAAGGGCUAUAACGAAGGGCCAGAUGCGCUUUGUCACGUGGUGGCUUUUUGCAACGCUACAAUCUACUCCACCUGCAUGUACACACUGGCAACUAUCAGCCUGGAAAGAUACGUAGCAGUGUUUUACCCGCUCAAAUACUGUGCCAUUUUGACCAGAAAAAGGACUCUGCUGCUCAUAGCCUUUUCAUGGUGCUUUCCCCCAUUUUUGCUCCUCCCAAUAUCUCUGCCAACAGACAUUAUCCAAGUGCACUUUUCCACGGCUUCACUGGUGUGUAAUCCCUCGUACUCCACAAAUGUGCUUUACUCCCUGAGCCUGACUAGUUUGAUCUUUUUCCCUUGUUCUAUUAUUAUGACCUACUGCAACCUGAGAGUGUGGUGCGCAGCCAAAAGACAGAGACUGAAACUGCGCCAAUACGACUGUGCGCGCCGCAGCAGGCCUAAUGUGGCAUCCAGGGUGCUCGUGCCCGUCAUGGCCGCAUACUACACCUGCUGGACUCCUUGUAUGGCCGCUAUGAUCUAUAAUGCACUCUCUGGGAGAAGUGUACCGGAGUGGGCAGAAUUUGUUGUGGUGUGGCUGCCAACCUCCAAUGGCUUUCUAAACUGUAUCUUCUAUUUCUGGAUAAACCAAAGUUUCCGCAGGAAAUUCUACCACAUCCUGCAGAAGCUCACCCUGGCCCUAUGCCCAAAGCUGGCCCACAUCUUUGGGUGCUACUCUACAUCCCAGAUUCAGUUUAUGUCUAAUAUUUUUGACAAUAACAACAGUGUACAUGGGCGGUCGGCCAGCGUAUCGUCCACAACCACUUUACUGUCCUUGGCAUAGGACCUUAACAUUACAAGAGCAGCCCUCAGAACUGUAGAGAAUCUUCCCCUGUGAAUUUGCCAGUGUCCUGCCUCACUCUGCAAACCUGAUAAUGAACAGUAAGAAAUAAACUGCAACACACUAGUGGCAAUGUAAUGAAAACAUAUACAGCUUCAAGCUUCAUAAUUUGAUAUUUUUGUUUUAUAUUUUUAUUUAGUUUCAGUCAUGGUUUCUGUUCCGUUAAGUGGAACAUGUUAACUUUUGUCUGGAUAACUUAUUAGGAUUUUUUGUUUUACUCUGCAUUUGAACCCACUGUAAAUGGUCUCUUAAUUCACCCUUUUAGUUGUUUUAUAGUUGACAAAUCUAUGUAAAGCCACUGUUUUUAUAUACUGUAAUGUGUUUGCAAAUGUCAGUGUUUCUUACUUUAAAAUUUGGAUAUCAGAUAUUUAUAAAUCCAUUACCAGGACCAGAUAUGAAAUAUUGGCAAACUGGCAUUGAGAUUAGGAGCACUUUGAAGGAUUGAGUCCAUCGAGCGUGCUGCCAGUUUAAGGCCUUGGCAUAUCAGCUGAGAGUAGUUAACCUUUUAAGUUGUGCUGUUUCAUGUACCUAAGAAAAGUAAUUAAGCAGUUACACUGUAGAAAGGUCACCACAUUUGUGCCAACUGGAGAUAACUCUGGUACCCGCAGCUGCUUUGGAUGUGAUUGUGAGAUAUUAAUUAUAUCCAUCCACAAGGUUGCUUUUAAUGUACGCAGUCCUGGUUCAAAAUAAAUGCUGAGCAACAAACAAUAGAAAAGGUAAUUUUUAUGUUGCCAUUUUUAGGCACAGAGCAGGGCUGUUACCCAUGACUCACGGCUGGAUUUAGAUGACUCUUGUUAGAUGCAUUGUUAAAACAAAUCACAAAAAAUCUUAAUUUUUGUAUGUUUAUGUAAAUCUAAUUUGAAUAAUUGUGUAAAUAAAGUAUGUCAUUAAUGCUACC